AGCCGUUAGACCUGGCUUUCUCAGCCGUCUAUGGCAGGGACAGACUGACAGUAAGCAAGAAAGCUCGGCCUCAAUCUGAAAAUGGCGGAUUUCUCCUUCUACCUCUCCGAUACCGACGAAUCAGCUGUGGACGACCUCAUCUCCCAAGCCCAAGACCUCUGCGUUCUCGAGCAAGUUUCCGCCAUCAACUGCUCCGGCUUCACCGACUCUGUCCUCCCCACUGAACUUGAAUCCCGCUUCCGCAAACUCAAAUCCUUCCCCGAGAGCUCCGCCUCCCGCCCGCCACCGUUAACCACCGGUUCAGCUCGGCGCAAUUCGGUUGAAGGUAAGACAGACCUUGUUUCUGAUGCUGCCAUUUUCUCGCCUUCCAAACAGAACCCAGAUGAGAAAUUGGGGUCAAAUCUCAAAUCUGAUCCCUCAGAAUUUUCAGUAGCGAAAUCGAAAUACAACCCAGGUGGGAAAAGGGGUUCAAAGGGGAAAUUGAAAAAUGGGUCAGUCUCAUCUCCUUCAAAUUCAUCCAAUUCCUCUCCGGAAAGUGCAAUUUUCUCGCCAUCCAAACAGAACCCGGAUAAGAAGCAGCGUUCUAAGCCCAAACCGAAAUCUCGGUCGUUUCAUUCUCCGCCGGAUUCUUCUAAUUCGUUGACGGACUCCCCUUCGCCCCCGAGGAAAUCGGGUUGCUUGUGGUGUUCCCCGAAGACAAAGAGGGCUUCUCACACAAAGAGUAAAGAAAAGGGGGCAAUUGACUUCGCGGCUGGUCUGAAUUUCAGCGACGAUGAUGGGCUUUUAUCGGAUUUGGGCAGUUUUUCGAAGAAAGAGCAGACGAGGAAGCUGAAGAAGGCGAUGAAGGAGGAGGAGAAGAUUUGCAGAGAGGCUGAGAAGAUUGUCAAGUGCGCUAGGCAGGCGUCGGCAAGGAUGAGUGCAGCUGCCAUUGAAGAUGAACUUAGUGAUGAUUAGAGUGACGUAAUUUCUCGGAUUUCGGAUUUUCGUAGAAAAUUAGUAUGAUUCCUUUGUAUGAGUAAGUUCAAUCUUAAUUUCGUAUAUAGAAAGAUAUAUGGUGUAUAUUACCGAAUGGUAAGUUAUAAUGUUUUGUUUCAUCAAUUUGUCGGAAUGGUAAGAGUCCUAUAAUUCCAAAUAAUUUAUGGGAUUCACUCUGCUUGUGAUU